CACCUUCUCUUGCUUCGCUGUUUCCAGGGAUCCGCUCAGCAGGAGGAAACAAACGACUAUCGUUCUCUUGAGGUCUUGCCUGUCUGGUUGGCUGCUGUGCUGCAGUCCGAUCGUCCCACUAGAAGGAAAAUCAAACUUUCAGGACAGCCAGAGCAACACAACUUCCACCCAUCGAAGAACAUCUUUACAUGCUACCUCACUGAAAGCACCUUUGCCUUCCACCUUGACAUCAUGGCCAACCAGCCCAUCAUAAACCACCAUGAGGAAGCCUACAGCUCCCUGAUGAGAGGCUUGAAAGAACUGGACCUGCGGGGCCCUUGUGUUCCCAGUGACCUGGUGCUGAUUGGAGAACAUGCCUUUCCUUUGGCCAUGAACAGCCGAGGCCAGGUCCUGAUGGCGGCCUCUCUGUAUGGCCGUGGACGGAUUGUGGUCCUGGGUCACGAGGGCUACCUGACGGCCUUUCCAGCUCUGGUGGAGAACGCUCUGACCUGGCUGAGAGGAGAUGGAUCUGAUAACGUCUCUGUAGGGCUGCACCACAACGUCAAGAGUGUUGCUGAUAACCUCAGAAAAUCCAGCUUCCAAGCAGAAGUUGUGGGAGCCUAUAAGGCCGAUCUGGGGGUUGGUGUUUACGUGACGGACGCCUACAGCGUUGGAGCAGACCCGAAGGAACUGGUGGCAUUCAUGAAAGCAGGAGGAGGAGUGCUGAUAGCUGGACAGGCGUGGCACUGGGCGUCAAGUCACCCGAAGGAGAACACACUGCUUCUGUAUGAUGGGAACAAGGUGUCAGGGGUGGCAGGAAUCUACUUCUCUGAGCAUCACGGUGAAGCAGAGUACCUGUUUGUCUCCCCUCACAUCCCAUCCUCCUGGAUGUCUGUGGUAAUAGGUAAGGAUUUUGAGGACGACUUGGAGUUCUUACUGGGGGGCAUUUCAGAGUUUGACCUCCAGGGUGGGCUCCUAGCGUCUGAGGUUCUGAUCCACGGCCCUCUGGCCUUCCCCAUCGGUACCACUGAGGAUGGACGAGCGUUUCUGGCAGGAGCCUACUAUGGCCAGGGACGGGUUGUUGUGAUCACACAUGAAGGACUUUUGAGGCGAGAGACACUAGCUCCAUUUUGGAACAACGCCAUUCUCUGGCUGGAUGAAGGCCGGAAUGGGGUUGUUGGUGUGAUGCCAAACCUCCAUGACGCCUUCAAUCUCUACCACAAGUCAGGCUUUAAUUGUGAAAAGACCCACUUCAAGGAAGACCUGAGUGUGUUUGUGUGCACAGCGUACAGCAAUGACCAUGUGCAGGAAAUCCAAAACUUUGUGGCGGAGGGAGGAGGCCUGCUGAUUGGUGGACAUGCCUGGUACUGGGCACAGACACACCACGGGCAAAACCCAAUGACAGAGUUCUCAGGGAACAAGAUCCUGAACAAAAUGGGCUUGAGUCUGCUGGGGAAGACGAUCGGGGAAGGGUCCUACAAGGCCCCUGUACCCAGCCAGGCCAUUAAAGACAGCUACCACUUCCGCCACCUUUUACAUCGCUUUGCUGGCCAUGUGUCCGAGGGACAGGAACUUACAGCGCAUGAAGAGGAAUGCCUUAAAAAGCUGGGUGGGGACUGUGCCAACUACCUGCACAUGAAGGCUCAUGGCUGCUCCUCCUACACACAGGUGGUGUCCACGCUCACUGACAUCUUAAAGAAGUCUGGCAUGCCACAGGUGAGCGACACCUGCCCUGCGAAGAGUCCCAGAGACCACCUCCUGCUCAAUGUGGGGGCAGAGGUGUAUAAGGUUUGCCCAGAUCCUGACGAAUUGCUGCCCUACCUCAUCAAGAACAACCCACUGAUGCCAGUUGUCUACAACCACAGAGUCAAGAUUGACGUCAACACAGCAGAGCGGGAGGAGUGGGUCAGCACUGGACUCUACCUGUCCCAUGGUAUGAAGACCUACAUGGCCAUACCUGCAGAGAUUGUCAACAAGGGAUGGCAGAUUCAGAUCGGCUGUCAAACAGAUCAGCUGCAUGCCGAAGAGUUGAAGAGAGCUCCAUGUGUUCAUGAGCGAAUUCCCGUUACCUCAGAGAUGAUGCAGGUGUGGAACCUGUGGGGGGGACUCAUCUACCUGGUGGCCCCGCCCAAAACACAAGUGAAGGGGUUGGAGGCGACAGUGCAGAUGGCUGUACCUGCACCGUAUUAUAAAUCUGGUGUGACGACUGCAGCCGAGUGGUCACUGCUGCGUACAGCUCCCUCACCCUGGGCAGAGCUGGAGUUCGACAACAUCAUCCUCACUGUGCCGUCAGAUGUUGUGCGGGACCUGGAUCGCCCUGAUGAGUUGGCGGCUCUCUGGAAUGACAUGAUGAAGGGCAUUGCUGACCUGGCUGUCAUCCCACACAAAUUUCCCCGCAAAGAACGCUUUGUAACUGAUGUGCAGAUUUCCCACGGCUGGAUGCAUGCAGGUUACCCUAUCAUGACACACAGGUGCACAGCAGCUGAGCUGGUCAGCGUUGACCAUGCUAGGACUAAAGGCCUGUGGGGCCCCAUCCAUGAACUGGGACACAACCAGCAGAGGGCCAGCUGGGAGUUCCCCCCAAACACCACAGAGUGUACAUGCAACCUGUGGUCAAUGUAUGUGCAUGAACAGGUGCUGGGGAUGAACGGGGCACAGGCUGAAUGUGCUAUGGAACCAACAAAUAGGAGAUCUCGUACAGAGGAAUACGUUAAGGGAGGCAAGCAGUUCAACAAGUGGGAUACAUUUGUGGCCCUGGAGACUUACAUGCAGCUCCAGGAGAAGUUUGGCUGGGAUGCCUUUAAGAAGGUGUUUGCUGCCUACCACAAGAUGAGUAACUUCCCCAGUGACAACCAAGGAAAGAUGAACCUGUACGCUGAGACCUUCUCCCAGGCUGUGGGGAAGAACCUAGCUGGGUUCUUCAAGGCCUGGGGCUGGCCCAUACAAACAGCCACUGAGGAGAAACUCUCCAAGCUGCCUGUCUGGAGCGAUCACCCCAUGGUCCAGUACAGCUGAACAUCAGACUGCUGCUAUUUAAAGGAAAGGCUUCUCUGUAGCUGCUGCUCAGCUCUGGAAUCGCCUGCCAGAGGCCGAAUGUGUUGAUGUUUUCAGAAGUGCCUCAAGACCUCCUUCAGUUCUGUAGCGUUUGAUUGUAUUUCACCCGAUUUUCCUUUUAAACUGAUUCCUUGGGUUUUGAAAUGUGUUUAAACCUGUGUUCUAUUUUAGUCUUGUUGUAUUUCCACAACCCAACUCUUAUUGUGUGUGUCUUGUGUGGUGUGCAAACUGUAUGUGUUUGUAAAGCAUUUUGGGAUAAAGCCUGUUUAGCCUUUUAAAGUCCUAAAUGCAAUAUACUUGAAAGUAGAUUUUACUGCAGUUGUAUUUAAUGGUAAAUGUCCCACCUUGUUUUGAUGUAGAAAAAAGAGACAGUAGUGACACAGCUGUCUGUGGAGCUUUUGAACUCUUCAACUUCAUUUGUAAAGAACUAUUCACUCUAGUGAACAUGAUCGUGUUAAAGGGAGAUACACAGUUUGGAAUUAAUCAGUUCUCUCGUACAGAUACACCAGUUUGUAUACAUAAGGGUAAAAACCUAAAGGUCAUCAAUGAGACACAAUAUUAAGAGAAUAUUUGAAUUAGUACCUGCGCUGCCUGUGAAUGCUGACUUGGCAUUAUAACCCUUCUACUUUGACAGAAGUGUUGAUGACACUAUUAUGGAUCAGAGCGGUCAUUCCUUCCCCUAAUGUUAACACCACAUUGAACAAUAAGUGAUUUGAGAGGUGGUUACAGGAUGAACAAUACGCUUGAUAGUUGUGUUUCUUAAUAUUUACUGUCACUGGAAUAGAUCACUGUCCUUAUUUCAUCAGCUGCAGUCGUUGUGUAAAAGCUCCUCUCCUGGUGAAGUGAAGAACCUCUGAUAGGUUGCUUCCAGUUCACUCAGGGGGAGCUUCUUCACUUUCUCACUUUCUCUAUGUCUUAUCGGGGUUGUAUCCAUUGUGCCGCCCUGGUUAUCUGUUUUACUUUAACAGCUUUUUUCAAAGCUCCACCGCUCAUCUCAAGUCGUCCAUCACUACCACAGUUCCAGCAGGAAGUUAUUUAAAAGGUACAUGGCUUCUUUACACAUCCAGCACUGGAGCGACGUGAUGUUUCAGUUGUGUUUCUGUCCACCUGACAAAUAUAAAUACAACUCUCACAACCCUG